CAUGUACGUAAAGGAAGUCAGGAGAAAAGUCUUAAACAUAUCAUCAGGGAUAGAUGAACCGGGAGCAAUUAAAUGGGAUUUAGCCUUAUGUUUGUUGUUGGCUUGGAUUGUUGUUUACCUUUGCAUUUGCAAAGGUAUCAAAUCUUCAGGAAAAGUUAUGUAUAUCACAGCACCGGCACCUUAUCUGUUUAUGUUCAUCUUAUUAAUAAGAGGUGCUACAUUACCCGGAUCGCUUGAAGGCGUAAAGUUUUACAUAGUACCAGACUGGUCAAAACUGAAAGAAAUUCAGGUUUGGGUUGAUGCCGGAACGCAAAUAUUCUUCUCCUAUUCGAUAUCCCUUGGAACCUUGACUGCUUUGGGCUCUUACAACGACUUCCAUCACAAUGUCCUGAAAGAUAGUUGUCUUUUUGCGCUUACGAAUUCUGGAACAUCUUUCUUAGGAGGCUUCGUUAUAUUUUCAGUGCUGGGUUUCAUGUCACAUACCCAUGGGAUACCGAUUGAACACGUUGCCGAAAGCGGACCUGGACUAGCCUUUAUCGCAUAUCCGAAAGCAAUUGGAGAAAUGCCAGGAUCCGUCGUUUGGAGUAUCUUUUUCUUUAUUAUGCUUAUCCUACUGGGACUUGACAGCCAAUUCGUCGGGGUCGAGGGGUUCGUAACAGCUGUAGUUGAUCAAUAUCCUGAGAAAUUAAGAGUCGGGAAAAGAAAAGAGAUAUUUAUUGCAGUUAUAUGCAUAAUAUCAUUUUUCAUUGGUUUAUCUAUGGUAACUCGGGGCGGCAUGUACGUAUUCCAGCUGUUCGAUUAUUAUUCUGGAGGUAGAAUAGUCGUUCUAGUGGCUGUUUUCGAAUGCGUAGCCAUCGCCCAUGUCUACGGUGUUAAUAGAUAUUGGAUGAAUCUUGAAUAUAUGAUGGGUAGGAGAAUUCAACCCUUAUUGAAAUGGUUUUGGUUUAGCGUGACUCCGAUAUUAGAUCUUACUAUUUUCAUCCUUGCUUGCGUUACUUACUCCGAGUUGACGUAUAAUAAAACCUAUACAUAUCCAAAAUGGGCAAUUGCAAUUGGUUGGUCUCUGGCAGCUCUAUCAGUCAUAAUGAUUCCUAUUGUUGCUAUUGUAAAGAUUAUUUCAAGCGAAGGAAGUUUAAUGAAGCGAGUCGCUGAAUUGACAAAGCCGAUAUUAAAAGAUCACCAAAAAAAAUUAUUAGAUUUUCCUGAUAAUCAACAAGGCUAUAAAGAAAAUACUGUCUAA